AUGAUAGGUGAAGGAAAAGCGAGUCAAAGAAGAAGACAAGAGGAGGAAAACAAAUGUCGGAGAAACGAGACCGGUCGGGUCGGAUAUCGAAGCUCCGGUGGUGGGAUUGGUGUAAGGAGCAGAGAACGCGUGCUUAUAUCAUCUGGAGGUGCUUGCUUUUCUUGUUACAGUGGGAAGACUAAUAAUCGAACAAGACUAGUGAUUAAGCUAAAGAUUCAUUAA